CUGGACUUGGACUGGACUUGGACCUCACAUCAAUCCUCCGUGAGCAGGUCUGUCAACUCCCGUCAACACCACCUCUGAGGGGUGAUCAGACACGAGACGACUACUCCGUAUCAGUUUCAUCAAUUCCUCCCAACCGACUUGUACUGGUACAGUCAUCCACCUCGGACGUCUCUCCGGUCUUUCUCCCAUUCGCCUUCUCUUCUCGUCACUCAUUUGCUAUCUGAGCGGACUUCCACUGGACUUGGCGCAAGCAGGGUUCCUCCCAGCCCUUAAUUCAGCUUCCUACUCCGUCUCACAAUCAAGACAAAUCAAGAAACCGCAUCCCCAACCACGAAACUACCAUAUCCCCCCCCCNCCCCCCCCCAUCGCGACCACAACCGACUGGGAACUCACCAUCAAUGACUGGAUGGGGCUCAUAUAAACAUGCCUCUCAUACCAGGCCUGUUGCGUCGUCGCGGCCUUAAUAGCGACGCAAAUAUUCGACGUCACAGCUUUCUCUCUCCCGAUGCGCUCAUCGCAGAGAAUUCCCAGAACUCGGCCGAUGUUGAUGGCAGAGCGAGCGAACAAAUUCCGCGCAAGCCCUCGGCCUCAGAGUUCCUAGCACCCGAUUCGACUGCCUCUCAACCUCCUUCGGUUCGAUUUUCUGACGAAAGCACACGAGAGCAAUUGCAUCGCUCAAUUUCACCCGCAAUACAGGAUGAUAGCCCGAAACAUCGUCGGUUCUCCAUGUUACGAUUCCGCCAUGCCUCGGAUCCCCAACUGUCAGCCAGAGCUCGACUCCACGCUGCGCAAGAUGACGACGUUCCUCCUGUUCCACAUCGUUAGUUGCUCACUUCCCUACCAGGCUGACAUCGAGCUGACAAGAAUUCAUUUAGCUCCGGAAAUCAUCACCACGGCUCCCACGAUGGAUUUGAACGUAUCGAAACCCGCGAAGAAGAAAUCAAGAGUACGAUUACCCGGACGAAUCAAAACAUCAACAGAUGUCACUCCAGAGGAACCAUUGAGGCCUACAUUGAAAACUUCCAAGAGCGAGAAGAAGGAACGGAGGAAGACGAUGUCAGAAACCGCUGGAAGCAAGAGCAGAGUGACUUUCGACGAACCAGCUCGGCCUUCGACACAAACAGCUAGUGGUUCACCACCUGCAUAUGGAGACGAUAAUAAUUCCGCACUGGCCCUACCAAUUACUCGGCUUUCAGAAUCUUCGAGAUCCGAUGGGAGUUCCGGUGAUCACGGUGUAUAUGCAACCACCACUACGACCACCCAUACAGUCCAUACUACCACUACAUUCUUCCGACUACCUCGUCGAAAGAAGACCCCAGCUCCAUUGUUCGAUUUGUCUCAUCUUCCUCAGAAGCCUAGUAAUCCUAAACAGUCACAUUCUUUUUCUAGAGCAUCUGCUAGUUCAUCUCUUCAUGGUCCCGAGCCACCUGCCGUCAUUUCGUUGCGAUCUCCCUCUUCCGUUGAUGACGUUGGAAACCACCCUGGACUUGGGUCUCCCUUCCCAUCACCUUCUCAUAGUGCUUUUACAAGGUCAUCUACGCCAUUACCAGCCGCAGGUCCGUCCUUGUUGAGAAGGGAGUCGGCAGCCUCUUCCAUAUCAUCACCGACUCGGCAUAGGCUUGGUCAGCAGCGUAAGAGAUCAUCCACUUUAAGUUCUCUUCGUAACGUGCCGAGCGACGAUAACCUGCCAACUCCAACUCUUCCAGCUUCCGGACGUACUUCAACCUCCACUGGACGAAAGAGUUUCGGUGAUCUGUUUGGCCUCUCUGCCCGUCUUCGCCAGAACUCUGAGCCACCAUUUCCAAAAGGUUCGGGUUUAGCUACACCCGGUUCAAGCACAUCGAAGAACAACUCCAUACAGAUUGCAAGAGAACCUGCAAUUAUCUUACCCGAAAGACUUGAUGAUGACACCCCUGCGAAAUAUCUGGUGCGUCUCGAGGAAGCGGUUAGUAGAGGCGUUGUGGCGAGUGUGUUAUCAAAAGGCACAGAUCCAUUCUCUCAGGCCGUCCUACGAAGCUACAUGAGAGGCUUCGGGUUCUUUGGAGACCCCAUGGAUAUGGCGAUUCGAAAGCUUCUUAUGGAGGUUGAAUUGCCAAAGGAAACACAGCAAAUUGAUAGAUGUCUUCAAAGCUUUGCCAACCGGUACCAUGAAUGCAAUCCCGGAAUUUACGCUUCGCCAGAUCAGGCAUACUUUAUUGCAUUUUCCCUUCUUAUUCUUCAUACUGACGUCUUUAACAAGAAUAACAAGCAUAAAAUGCAGAAGCCGGAUUAUUUGAAAAACACCAAAGGCGAGGGUAUAUUUGAUGAAAUUCUGGAGUGUUUUUAUGACAAUAUUUCUUACACGCCUUUUAUUCAUGUCGAAGAUGAUCUUGAUAUCAAUGGGGAACGAAUAAUCCAACACAAGACCAAGAAGAAGAAGAAAUUUCCGCGCGCCACGGCAGAUCCUGCGAAGCGACCAUCAAAAGAGCCUGUAGAUCCAUAUACUCUCAUCAUCGAUAGCAAGUUGGACAGCUUGAGACCAAAUCUCAAGGACGUUAUGCAUCUUGAAGAACAUUACAACUACCUUGGAACGGCUACAUCAUUGAAUCUUCAAGAUUUGCAAAAGACAUUCUUCAGAACCGGUGUGCUGCAAAUCGUAUCAGCUAGAUCACGACCGGAUGCUUUCAUGUCCGAUAAAACCGUGACCAAUCCAGAAGAGGCCCACCCUGGAAUUGUCGAUAUCAAGAUCACGAAAGUUGGCCUUCUUUGGCGAAAAGAUGCAAAGAAGAAGAAGACGAGAUCACCAUGGCAGGAAUGGGGGGCUAUUCUUACCGGGGCACAACUAUACUUCUUCCGCAACACCAACUGGAUCAAGAAUUUGAUGCAACAGCACGAGUCGCACAACAAGCAGGGCCACGAUGGUAUACCAGUCAUCUUCAAACCUCCACUCGAACAAUUCAAGCCCGAUGCCCUAAUGUCAACAGAUGAUGCUGUUGCUCUACUUGACUCUGAUUACAAAAAGCACAAGAAUGCUUUCAUCUUUGUUCGCCACGGUGGGUUUGAAGAGACUUUCCUUGCUGAGAAUGAGGAUGAUAUGAAUGAUUGGCUUGCAAAGCUCAACUACGCGGCAGCAUUUAGAACUUCAGGUGUUCGAAUGCGUGGGGUUGUAGGGGGCAAUUAUGACGGCCAACGCGCUCGGGGUAUUCGCCGUUUGGACGCUCAUAAUGAUUCUUCGAAAUCUGUACAAACUCCUACAGGGGAAGUCACAAUUGUUAGUGGCAAAAUUGACAACAAGAUGGCUCAAGACAUUCUCUCUGCGCGUCGGGAGAUUAUGCAACAGAAGAUAUCCGAGUCUGAAGAGAAGCUCGAAACUGCCCAGAAACAGCUUGACGCGCAGCUAAGAAAUGCACGACAUCUCCAAAUUUUGGCACCGAUUCAGCCAAAGACCAGAGAGCAGGUUGUACUUGCUGCAGGUCGUAUAGCUGCUCAGCUGAAAUGGGGAAGGAUGGAAAUAUGGCGAUUGAAAUGCCAUAGAGAUAUCCUGCAGAUGGAUCUGGAAGAGGAGAAAUAUCCAGAACCUGCUGGACCGAAGUCCGAAGUAACGUCUCCAGAACCAUCACCCGCGGACCGCUCAGUCGUAUCAAAAUUACACGCAAAGGCUAGCAAUUUGACACAGCAACGUAUUCCCCGUUCCCCAACACUCCACUCGGCAAAUCGUCCUGCAACUGCGAUGCCGCCACAAACACCUCACAUUGUGGAUGACGGCCAAGUAGACGAUAUCUUUCAAACGCCACCCGAGCUAAUCAGUACCUCGAGCUACCAUAAACAACAGGCCUCGUGGGAGCUCCCGCCCAUGACAUUCGAGCCUCGCCAGGGGCCUCGUAAGUCAUCGAUUACCACAAAUUCCGUGCCUUCCACUCCAAGCUUGGUUCCUACUCCUUCAAAAGCUGAUUUGAAGUCGUCGCUUUCUGCAGAGGAUCGCCCUGACUCCCCUCAAGUUGACGCAGCAGAGCGAGCGGUUUUGGAGCAAGCCGGCUUGGUAGAUUCAGAAAGGUCUCCAUCCAGGAAGCAUUCGCUCAUUCCAGAUGUUGAUGAAAGCAAAGAGCAAACACCUAAUUCAGAGAAGGAGAAAGCCGAUAAAGGCAAGAUACGCAGAAGUCUACAUCGCACCCUCAGGGAAGCCCAUCCUACUCAUCAUCGAAGCAGGAAGGGAAAGGAUUCCUCAUCGAGCGCUGGAAUGUCCGAGGAGGCAAACAGAGAUGAUGUCUUGUCUCGCGGAACGGGCAGCUUUGUCGUUCACGGAAAAAAGGCUUCUGUCAUCACUUUUGGCUCAGAGCUUCAAAGUAUGUCACCAGAAGAACGAUUGAGACUUCGAAAGCAAGCGAACAAGGACGAGCUUGGCGCGUCUUCAUCUACCGUUAUCAAUGACGAUUUUCGCUCCAUGCUUUCGGAGCCAAUCGAAUUUCACCAUCGUCAAGACUCUACUGCCAGCACCGAUACGGCCGCUGCGAGAAGCUUUAGAGAGCUUCGUCAAAGACUCCAUCCGAAUGGGUCUAACGUUCCUGCCAUUGUUACUUCUGAUGGUGAAGACAGUGAGGCUGCUGUGAGCUUCUCGGAUGGUAGACGUACCCCUUUACCACGUGUUGAACACGAAGACGAAGACGGCUAUUUUAGCAGGCCUAUUAGCCGACAACAAGCGGUCUUCUACACCCCAGAAAGACCCAACACUCCCGCUCAGGAGGAAUUUUCUGAAAAACACCACCCUAAUCUCGAACCUGAUACUGGUAGUGAGCGGUUACAUACGCCGCCACUGCAAACGGUAAUUAGUGUAUGAGACAGUACACGUAUUUCAUUUUGAAUCACACGUUUCUUCUUUGACUUUGGCACUUUAGCGACGCUCCUUAUUAUUGCAUGUCUGGUUGGUUCUAGGAUUGAAGUUCAACUCUACAUUACCAACAAAAGCUUUUUUUUGUCUCUUCCUUCGGAAGGAUUCUACGGAUUUUCUUACAUUGUGUAUAUUAAACUGAUAGCUGAUUUGCAGCUGACCCUUUUUUCUUGUUGUCUGUUUUUUUGCUUGAAAAAAUCGGCGUUUCUUCUGUGUAUUUUUGGACUUGGGAAUGGGAUAGACAAUGGGACCGGCAAAGCGCAAAGCAGAAAGCACCAGGGACAGAUACCUCCUUUUUUUUUGUCGUUUUCGUUUCGCUCUGCACGAUGUAGAUGCGUGAGGUAUGGGUAAGAAUAAGACUAAGAUGAGAUGGGAAUGGCGAUGGCGAUGGUUGCUUUUUGUUUGUAUUAGAAUGCGGGAUAGGUGGGCAGGCUGUGAGGGAUCUUUUCGCUUAGGAGUGGAGGGCAAAAGGGGCAAUUGCAAACACAGAUGAGAUGAGAGAUAAGAUGAGACGUAGUAUACAGUAAAUCAUUUUUUACACUACCUCGUGUUUUCUCUCCUUUAUAAGGGAGACUUUUACUUUAAUAUGUGUGUUCGAGUGUUCGUUACUAGGGCAGGAGCGAGCCUAGCUUAGUAUAGUAUAUAUAGCAGGAC